GUAUAAUCUGUUAAUGUCAUUAUUGUUAUACAAAUUAGUUUAUUGGCCGCAGCCACUUACCCAAUUUGUUAGAUAAAGGUGUUAGUUAAGUUUGUUUCGAAAUUGAAAAAAAAAAAAUUGUGAAAGGCAUAUUAUAAAAUUGACAACUUAUGGUAACGUUUUCCGAUAAAAUUCGUCUCAAUGUAAAUGUGAUACAUAUGUUUAAAGUGUGAAUCCCCUAAAAUGUCUUAUUUAAGAGGAUCAGCAAAUUAUGUUUGGUCUACCACAAGCAUUCUUGGAAAGGGGGCAACUGCCACAGUUCAUCAGGGUGUAAAUAAAGUUAACGGUGAACCAGUAGCUGUUAAAACAUUUAAUCACAUCAGUACUCUUCGACCACAGGAAAUACAACUUAGAGAAUUUGAAGUUUUACAAAAAGUGAAUCAUGAAAAUAUAGUAAAACUUCUUGCGAUAGAAGAAGAACAAGAAAAUAGAGGUAAAGUUAUAGUCAUGGAAUUGUGUACAGGUGGAAGCCUUUUCAACAUCUUAGACGAUCCUGAAAAUACAUAUGGACUAGAAGAGUCGGAAUUCUUAUUGGUUCUGGAACAUCUUUACAAAGGAAUGAAACAUUUGAGGGAUAAUAGUUUGAUUCAUAGAGAUUUAAAACCAGGUAAUAUAAUGAAGUUCAUCCGCGACGACGGAACCACAGUCUACAAAUUAACGGAUUUCGGAGCUGCCAGAGAGCUUCAAGAAGGCCAGCAUUUUCAAUCCCUAUACGGUACAGAAGAAUACUUACAUCCAGAUAUGUACGAAAGAGCUGUACUAAGAAAACCUGCCAAUAAAACUUUUGGUGCUACAAUAGACCUAUGGUCGAUAGGAGUAACUUUAUAUCACGUCGCUACUGGAAAUCUACCUUUUAGACCGUAUGGUGGGCGCAGAAAUAAGGAAACCAUGCAUCAAAUAACCACGAAAAAAGAAAGCGGAGUCAUAUCGGGAAUACAACACAGAGAAAAUGGACCGAUAGAUUGGAAAAGGGAAUUACCAGCUAAUUGUCAGUUAAGUUAUGGACUUAAAAAAAUAAUAACUCCUCUAUUAGCCGGUUUAUUGGAAGCAGAUCCGAGAAAAAUUUGGUCUUUCGAUCAAUUUUUCAAUGAAGUAGAUGUCGUUUUGUCACGGAAAGUUUUCAAUAUAUUCCAUAUUAACAAAGCUCAAUUAAUUAAAAUCUAUAUAUUGCCGAACGAAACUUACGAACAAGUACAAAAUUACAUAACAGAACAAACGAACAUUAAAGAUACGAGUCAAAUUUUAAUCUAUCAAAAUAAUUUGUUGAGAAAUCUCGUCGACGACGACACGUUGGCGACGGGUUAUCCAGUAACAACAAAAGAAGAUCCUUUCUUUCUAUUCAACACCGAAAAUAAUAACGUCACGGUCGUUCCUGAUGUUGAAUUGUUACAUUUUAAUGACUUUUCCAGUGUUAUGUCCGUGGAAAACGACGCCGCUCAAGCAAAGUUCGCUUGUAGCAUAGGACAUCAAUGUAAAAGAUACGUCGAGAAGUAUUCCUUAUACAGUAAACUCAUACGCGAUACCGUAGAGCAUUUUACAAAAUACAUAUUAUUAGAAUUGAAAGAAUUGAAUCAAAACGCUCAACAUUUAUUGGAUAAAACGUUCACUUUGAAAAAAACAUCGGAAAUUUUGCAAUUAUCACAACAAUUAAGCGGUUAUAAUAAGAGUAAUAAUAAUUUUUCCGAAAAAUUGGAUAACGUUAGUCGAGAUUUUAUUUCUUCCACAGCUGGCGGUGUUACGAAUUUACACAAAACACACUGUAUAGACAAUACCUUGAAGUUGCAAUGGGAUAGUAUGAGCAGAAGUUUGAAUUGUCCUUAUAAAACUUUAGCGCCGGCUCGAGCUAAGACGCAAGUUGAACACUUGAGGGAUUCCUGGCAACACUUAGUAAGAGAUCGUGCUACGCGUACUCUAAGUUACAACGAUGAACAAUUCCAUAUUUUAGAACGUAUAAAAAUCACUCAGACGCUCGGUAGAUUAAAAAGCCUAUACGAAAAAGAAGUUUUUCCGCAAUAUGAAAUAUUGGCCGAAAAUUUCGGAGAUUGGUAUAAAAUAGCGCAGAAUAUUCUGUUGAAAGCAGAAAUUUUUAUCUCGGAUACUAAAAAAUACGAAAGAAAAUUAAGAUCUUUCGAAGAAAAUAUCGCUAUAGAAAUAUCAGAGUAUAAUGAUUACGUUAAGAAUAAUAAUAAGAACAAUGUUGUUCCUAAAAAAACUAGUAAUUUGCAAAGUCAACAAAUUAAAAAGCAUUUCGCCAAAUACCAUAUUGAAAGUGAAAGUUUAAAAGAUAUUUUAAAGGAAAAUACUAAACUUUUGAAUAAAUUGAGCGAAUCUACAUUGGAAUUAGGAAACAAGCUUAAUAUUAACGAAACAUCAAACGAUGACUGAAUUUAUUUUAUAUUUUAGACCAUUAUUUGUUUUUUUUAUUUAAACACAUAAUCCGGCAUCAACUCCUAAGAGUUAUUAGCAGGCGAGACAUUUACAACAUAGUAGUAUAAUUUAUAAUAAUUUUAUUUAAUUUCUUAUUUCUUAGACCUUUUGAUAUGUUUAUGUUUUUAAAUGCUCUUGAUUUUAGAUCUCUUCUGUUUUAAAAUUAGUUUUUUUGAAUAAUUUUUGAAAUAUUGAUAAAGUUUGACGUUUCGACUUUUCAUUAAGUCUUUAUCAAAAUAUGAUAUUGACACUGACAAUUUGCUUAUUUAUAAAUCACCUUCAUCAUGAAUAUCAAAAUAAGGAUGAAAUCAACUUAGAACUUUGUUCUAAUAAGAAAAAUUAAUUUUUCUCCAACUAUAAAAAAAUGUUGACAUUUUUGUACUAUUUUCAGGUGUAAAAACCCUUACCGCACAAAACUUUGCUCGUUGCUUAGCAACACUUUUAAUCCUAGGACUAAAAGUAAUUGCAUUUGAGCUCUCUAAUUGAAAUUUGUAGAAAAAAACAUUGUCUCUUACAAACUUAGUAAAACAAACUAAUUGGGCAACUAUAUAUAGGUACAAUUGGAACAAUUAUUGCCAAAAUUCAAAGCACCGCUGAAAUUAUCACUAACAAUUUUCGAACAAUUCAAAAGAUUUUCAUUAAUGUUAGAACAACUCAAAAUAUUCUCCGUAACUGUUGAUGAAACGUUCGAGGAAAUAUAUGAACAGGUACUUGUACCUUCUUUGUCAGAUUGCAAUAUUUUUCUGGCAGUAUAAUAUAUCCUUCUGCUACUGUACUCGAUUUCCAACCUCCAUGUGUUUUAAGACAAGUGAGGUCACCGCCACCAUCAAUAAGAAGUGUAACAGAUGUUCUUAGCGAAUAUCCAGUAUACUCCUUCCAAUUUUCUAACUUCAAAAAUUUUGCAAUUUCUUGCGGCACGGCACGGCACUAAUUUUGUGAAUACCAACAACCAUUCUUUGACACUUCGCAUUAACAUACUUCAAAAAUAAACGACGUUCCUGUAUAUUUGAUGGCCGAAGUGCAACAUAUUUUCCAAAUAAACGCAAAUAAUUCUCGCCUAUAAUGGUAAAUAAACGAGGUUUCUUCUUUCCUCGACCAGGACCGAGUCCAUAUCCUCAAUGUCAUCAAUUUUCAAAUGAACUAGUUCGUCACAACGCAUAUCCCCUCCAAUUCCUAAUAAUAGAACAACCUUCAUCAUCAAAUAUAAAUUAUCAGGUGCCAUAUGCAGGAACCGAUCCACUGAUCCACUGAUAUCCAGUGUGGAUCGCAACACUGAAUACUGUGACCAAAGAGUGGAUGGCUUGACGGUCUUCGUUAAAUUUGAGUAAAAACACUAUAAGAACACUCUCCGCAUAGUUUUGCACAUUUUUUUCUUUACACCAAUCGAUGAAUCGCUGAUAUGCAAGUUCAUAAACUUGGCGAGAUUUGGGUGGCAAAAGAUUUAGAUAUACUGCUUCGGCACUUUCCAAUAUAUCCGCAGGUAUAUUUUCAUCGUGUUCGGGAUUCAUUUUGAAAGCAGCAUAAAAACUACUACAAAAAUUAUAUGAUUAGUACGUCUACUUGACCAUGACCAUGACUACCGACUUGCUAUCGGUAUUAUAAUUAAUAGGUGUUCAAAUUUAUUAUGAAAUUAUUAACGAUUUUUGAAUAAAACUAAAUUUAUUUUCAUUUUGACUUGGUUGGAGAAAAAAUAGUAUAUAUCAUACGGACUAAAAGUGCCUAUUUUUACUCGCAAUUUUGCAUUCACUCGGCUGCGCUGCGCUCCGCCUCUCAACUGCAAAUAUUGCUCGUAAAAAAAUAUGCACUUUUAAUCCUUAUAAUAAUAAUAUACUAUUUUCCCUAGUCCUUACAUCUCAAAUAUAUAGCAGUAGUCAUUUAAAUUAUUUGUAGUUUCAUUAGAAUUAACAAAAUAGAACUAUACAUUUUACUUAAAUUAUUUGGUAGGGAUCUAUCUACUAAUCCUUAGUUCCAUUUCUAGAUUUUAGUGAUCUUGAAUUUGUUGACAUUUGUAUAAAAGCAUUAUAAUGUUUUGUUUUCAAAUGCGUCGCUAAAUAUAGGAAGUUAUGGAUAGGAUUUAUAUACUUUAACUUGAAAUAAAUACUCAGUGAUUUUCAUAUACAGGGUUUGUCCGGAAAGUAAUAGGACUGAGUCGAUUUAAAAAAAUUUAUUGAGCUAAUCGUUACAAUUCUUUAAAAACUUUGAAAAUAGGCUCCUUCUGCGUCGAUGCGGCGCUGCCAGCGCGAUUUCCAAGCAUUGAAGGCGUCACGGAAGGCAUUCUCCGGAAUAGCCUUGAGAGCCGCGGUGCAUGCUGCUUGUAUCCCCUCUGUCGUCUCGAAAUGCUUGCCUUUCAUCGGCCUUUUCAGGCGAGGAAACAAAAAAGUUCGGGGGGACCACAUCUGGGCUGUAGGGCGGCUGCGGAAGCGUUGGAAUGCCGGCCUUAGUCAGGUAGCUGUUCACAAGAAAGGCGGUGUGAGCCGGGGCGUUGUCGUGGUGCAACUUCCAGUCUGCUGCGAUGUCUUGUCGGACCCGAUUGACCCUUAGUUUGAGUCUCUUGAGCACUUUGACACAGUCGACGGUCCGUCUUCAAAACUUUACGCACACGAGUCACAUUGUCGGUGUAUGUCGAAGUCGAAGGUCUUCCAGCACGGUCUUCAUCGGCGACCUCUUCCCGGCCCUCCAAAAAGGCCUGGUGCCACCGAAACACACCACUUCUUGCUAAAGCAACAUCUGGGUACAAUACAAUUAAUCUCAAAAGCGAACUAACUAAUAUUCGUUGAAUGAACUAUAUAUUCGUUGUUUACAAAUAUUUGUAUUUAUAAUAAAAUAAUUGCUGAUGAAGUGUUUAUGAUAUUUAAUAAUAUUUAUAUAAAUGUCCUUCUAGAAUUUUCUCCAUGUAACUCCUCCAUCCCUAAGAAUGAAAAAUGACGGAGGUAUUUUUCAUACCUUGUUUUCUUCUUUCUUCUAAUUCGACUUCUUCGUUUCUUCGAUUUUUUGUUUUCUUACAAACUUAUAUUUAUAUUUAUGAAUUAACCAAAAUAUUAUUAAAAUUAUACAAA